AUGCAGCUAAAGAAUGCCAUUCACUUUACCGUCCUUGGAAGCGCCAUCCUCGCCUUUGCACACCCCGGACAUCACGAGAAGCGCGACUCAGCUCCUGUGAGGGCAUACAAGAGAGAUGUCGGGCAUGGACUUGCAAAAUGUGCAAGCCAGCUAGAGGCCAGUGGUCUUCAAGCUCGUUCUGAAGCGCGCCGUAAGGCAACAGUCCAGUUGCACCGCCGACAGUUGAUCACCCGAGACACCGAUGCCGUGCUCAGCAAAUCACACCAGGCAACCCAUCCCGUGUCGCCGUCCAUGUCUCCUGAUGAACUCUUCAAUGACACGACUCAGAAGGCUUGCAUCCUUGGCCCCACUGCUGAGGGAGAAACCGGUCCAUACUGGAUACCUGGCGAGCGAGUCCGGUCCGAGAUCCGCGAAGGACAACCUGGAGUUCCGGUUCUUCUCGAACAGCAGUAUAUUGACGUCGAAACGUGCAAGCCCAUUCCGCGUCUCUAUGCUGAACUCUGGGGCUGCAAUGCUACUGGGGUUUACUCCGGCCUGGUUGCAGAGGGGAAUGGGAACCCUAAUGACCUGGGCAAUCGAAACCGCACUUUCCUUCGUGGCAUUCAGGAAACCGACGCAGAUGGUGUUGUCACAUUUUAUACUCUCUUCCCGGGCCACUAUGAUGGACGCACCACGCAUUACCAUAAUAUCGCCCAUUUUGGCGCGAGACAUCUACCCAACAACACCAUUGCCGGUGGGACAGUAGGACACGUCGCUCAAAUAUUCCUCGACCAGGACCUGAUUGAGCAAGUUGAAUCAACCUAUCCGUACAAUACCAACAAUAUUCCAAUCACACUUAACUCGGUGGAUCGGGUCGUCGGCCAGGAGACGGAGAGCGGGGACUCUGACCCCAUGCUCAAUUAUGCAUUCCUGGGAGACAAUAUCGAAAAUGGACUUUUUGCCUGGAUAACCGUGGCUGUCAACGUCUCGGCCGUGCACUAUCCAUACUACACCAACGUUUACACGGCCGCAGGAGCGGUAGAAGUGGAAGGCACUGCGGAUGGAGACCCUAGGGCAAUUGAUGGCGGCCUUCCCCAGAGCUCUGCGGCAUAG